CCCUGCCCCCGCCCCCCACGUCCUCUGAGUGGAGGUCCCGGGACCCACAGCAAUGGCGCAGCCGGAAACUAGCCCCUCGACUUCCUCACGCCGGACUCGGAGCUGGGGCCGGCCUGCGGGCGGUACGCAAGGGACUCGACUUCCGCCUUCCUGCUUCCGGUCUGGCGAAUUUAACGCUCUCAGAAGUAUACUGUGGAACCAAAGAAGGCAAAACCACCAAGGGUCAUCUGAAAUUGUGCUUGGCUCACUGAUAAUCCCCGGACAAAAUUAGAGAUCACUACUCAAGCAUAAGCUGACCCCCCAGUUUUCCUAAGACUGCUACAAAGAUGUUUGACAUAAAGGCUUGGGCUGAGUAUAUUGUGGAAUGGGCUGCAAAAGACCCAUAUGGGUUCCUUACAACAGUUAUUUUGGCCCUUACUCCACUGUUCCUAGCAAGUGCUGUACUGUCCUGGAAAUUGGCCAAGAUGAUUGAAGCCAGGGAGAAGGAACAAAAGAAGAAACAAAAACGUCAAGAGAAUAUUGCAAAAGCUAAACGACUCAAAAAGGACUGAAGGAAUGUAUAGGCUCUGCAACCAGAGAAAAAUCAUUUGGAAAAUUAUGCAGCUUUGGAAGGACUCACUAAGGUUUCUUUGGAUUUCAUGAUAGUAUUAUUUAGUAUGAAAUCUGAUCAUGUAGAAGAAUCAUGUUUUGACCUCCAUACUGUAGUUUUAGGCUUGGGUACCGAAGUUUGUAGGUAUCUACUGGCAGUUAUAAAUAAGCAUACAUACAGGUUGAGCAUCCCUAAUCAGAAAAUCUCAAACUUGGAAUGCUCCAAAAUCCAAAUUUUUUUGUGCACAAAC